GGCGAAGGGCGGCGGGCGGGCGGUGCGGUGUGGCGGGUCGGCGGUGGCCGCUCGGGAUGGUGCCCCUGCCCCUCUGGGUAGUGGCAGCCGCGCUCCUGGGGCUCCGCGCUGCAGCCGUCCGGCAGGCUGGUAAAGAACAACAGGUCCAAAUAGAAUUCCGGAAAAGCAGACCCAGGCCCUACGGGUUAGUGAUUCCCAUCAGCACCAAUGCAGAUGGAAGCUACGUCUCCAACAUCCUCUCUGCCAGUCACCAGAGGAGAUGGACACGGGAGGUGUCCCAGAGCCCCAGGCAGCUCUAUUUUAAUGUCACCGCCUUCGGGAGGGAGUUCCAUCUCAGGCUGAAACCCAACGCUCGUCUGGUGGCUCCCAGGGCUGUCGUGGAGUGGUACGAAGACUCUGUGCAAACUGGGAGUGGUGGUGGUGGUGGUAACACGAGUCGGAGUGCAUCCCCUGCAGAGAGGUUAUGGAAGAGGGAGCCCCUGUGGACCAACUGUGCCUACGUGGGAGACAUCACAGACAUCCCCGGAGCUUCUGUGGCUAUCAGCAACUGUGAUGGUCUGGCUGGAAUGAUAAGAACUGAUAAGGAUGAAUACUUCAUUGAGCCUUUGGAAAGAGGAAAGCAAGAGGAAGAGGAAAAGGGAAGAAUCCACAUGGUGUACAGGCGAUCAGCUGUAAUGCAGCAUCCUACUGACCUGCUCCCUGAUGUCCACAGAGAAGGGUCUCUUCUUGAUGUCCUGGGAGGGCUGAGCUCCCUGCACAGCCACCUGGAGCAGCAGCUGAACCAGACGCUGAGGCGGCGCCGGCACGCGGGGGAUGCUGAUUACAACAUCGAGGUGCUGCUGGGGGUGGAUGACUCUGUGGUACGGUUCCAUGGCAAGGAGCACGUGCAGAACUACCUCCUCACCCUCAUGAACAUAGUGAAUGAAAUUUACCAUGAUGAAUCCCUGGGUGUUCACAUAAAUGUUGUGCUGGUCCGGAUGAUCAUGUUGGGGUACGCCAAGUCCAUCAGCUUGAUAGAAAGGGGGAAUCCCUCCAGGAGCUUGGAGAACGUUUGUCGCUGGGCCUAUCAGCAGCAGAAGUCAGACCCUGGCCACUCUGAGCACCAUGAUCAUGCCAUCUUCUUAACCAGGCAAGAUUUUGGGCCCGCUGGUAUGCAAGGAUAUGCUCCUGUGACUGGCAUGUGUCACCCCGUCCGCAGCUGCACUCUCAACCACGAGGAUGGCUUUUCAUCAGCUUUUGUUGUUGCUCAUGAAACUGGCCAUGUGCUGGGGAUGGAGCACGAUGGGCAAGGGAACAGAUGUGGGGACGAGACAGCGAUGGGGAGCGUCAUGGCCCCCCUGGUGCAGGCGGCCUUCCACCGCUACCACUGGUCCAGGUGCAGCGGCCAGGAGCUCAAGAGAUACAUACACUCUUACGACUGUCUCCUGGAUGACCCUUUUGAACAUGACUGGCCCAAGCUCCCCGAGCUGCCAGGCAUCAAUUACUCCAUGGACGAGCAGUGCCGCUUUGAUUUUGGGGUUGGCUACAAGAUGUGCACAGCGUUCCGAACCUUUGACCCCUGCAAGCAGCUGUGGUGCAGCCACCCAGACAACCCCUAUUUCUGUAAGACCAAGAAAGGGCCUCCCCUCGAUGGGACAGAGUGUGCCCCUGGAAAAUGGUGCUAUAAAGGUCACUGCAUGUGGAAGAACGUGAACCAGCUGAAGCAGGAUGGCAACUGGGGACCCUGGACCAAAUUUGGGUCCUGCUCCCGGACCUGCGGAACCGGAGUUCGCUUCCGAACACGCCAGUGCAACAACCCCAUGCCCAUUAAUGGAGGGGAAGAUUGUGCUGGUGUCAAUUUCGAGUUCCAACUCUGCAAUACAGAGGAGUGUCCAAAGCACUUUGAGGACUUCAGAGCUCAGCAGUGCCAGCAGCGCAAUUCCCACUUCGAGUACCAGAGCAGCAAACACCACUGGCUGCCCUACGAGCACCCUGACUCUAACAAGAGGUGCCACCUGUACUGCCAGUCCAAAGAAACAGGAGAUGUUGCUUACAUGAAGCAGCUGGCACACGAUGGGACUCGCUGCUCCUACAAGGAUCCCUACAGCAUCUGUGUCCGUGGGGAGUGCGUGAAAGUGGGUUGUGACAAGGAGAUUGGCUCCAACAAGGCUGAAGAUAAAUGUGGUGUCUGUGGCGGGGACAACUCCCACUGCCGAACCGUCAAGGGAACCUUCACCCGCACUCCCAAAAAGCUUGGGUACCUUAAGAUGUUUGAUAUCCCUCCUGGUGCUCGACAUGUGUUUAUCCAAGAAGACGAGGCUUCUCCUCACUUUCUUGCCAUUAAGAACCAAGCUACAGGACACUACAUCCUGAACGGGAAAGGGGAGGAGGCCAGAUCCCGAUCCUUCAUCGACCUGGGCGUGGAGUGGGAAUACAGCAUUGAGGAGGACAUGGAGACUCUGCACACUGCUGGGCCCUUGCACGACGCUGUGGUGGUGCUGAUCAUCCCUCGGGACAACGACACCAGAUCCAGCCUGACUUACAAGUACAUCAUUCAUGAGGACUCAGUGCCCACCAUCAACAGCAACAAUGUCCUGCAUGAGGACACAGACACCUUUGAGUGGGCCCUGAAGAGCUGGUCACAGUGCUCCAAACCCUGUGGGGGAGGGUUCCAGUACACCAAGUACGGGUGCCGCAGGAAGAGUGAUAACAAGAUGGUCCAUCGCAGCUUCUGUGAAGCCAGCAAAAAACCCAAACCCAUCCGGAGAAUGUGCAACCUGCAGGAGUGCACACAGCCCCUGUGGGCAGCAGAGGAGUGGGAAUACUGCACCAAAACCUGCGGGGGUUCUGGCUACCAGCUCCGCACCGUGCGCUGCCUCCAGCCCCUGCCCGACGGGGGCAACCGCUCCGUCCACUUCAAGUACUGCACAGGGGAGCGGCCCGAGAGCCGCCGGCCCUGCAACCGCCUGCCCUGCCCCGCACAGUGGAAAGCUGGGCCCUGGGCUGAGUGUUCUGUGACCUGUGGGGAGGGGACAGAGAGCCGGCACAUCUCCUGCCGCGCCGGGGACCGCUGCGAAGGGGAGAAGCCAGAAUCUGUCAGGGUUUGUAAACUGCCUCCCUGCAAUGAUGAGCCCUGCAUGGGAGACAAGUCCAUCUUCUGUCAGAUGGAGGUGCUUGCUCGUUACUGUUCCAUCCCAGGCUACAAGAAGCUGUGCUGUGAGUCCUGCAGCAAGCGCAGCAGCACCCUCCCACCCCCCUUCCUCACUGAGCCUGCAGGGACUGAAGAGGAAGCUGUGUUUGCUCAGAGCCACCUGCCAAGGGCUGUGAUGGUGCCAACCCCUGCAGCACCCCAUCACCCAAAGCUCCUGCCCGGGAGGAGCUCUCUGGGCAGGCUCCCUUUUGCAGAAGAGGACACAGCCACACACAUCUCCCUGGCCAGCACCAAGCCCAGAGGUGCCGAGUUCCCCCAGUGGAGAGCUUCUCGGGCAAGGAAGGCUCCCAGGCUGCUUGCUCUGCUCCAGCAGCUCCCUGCCAACAGCAGCAGCCUCAGCACUCACCCAGCCCUGAUGCUGGCAGCAGCUGCUCCUCUGCUGCCAGCUCCUAACACCACAGCUGGGGCUCCAUCUCCAACCAGAACCUCAAGGAGGAGUGAGAAGCAGGCUGAGAAGAGAUGGCCUUCCAGGUCCUCCUCUGUGGAGAGAUGAGUGUGACCACCCUGUGGGGGACAGCCAUGGGAAGAGGCUUUGUUGGUGCUUUGGGUUUCAUUUCCUCCCUUCUGGGGACUUCGGUGCAUGCUGCUUUCCACCAGCAGGACACUGCAGGUCAUCACCUUCUUUCCCUUGUAAAUACAAAGAACAAGAAGUGCUGGUUCACUUUCUAGUCACCUCCUCCCCCUGCCCAGCCUGAGCACAUGGGAGGACACCACCAAAGAGCAUCCAUCCCAGCAGUCAGCAGGAGCUGCUGAGGGCACCAGGCAAGCUCUGGUACAGAAAGGUGGCCCUGACCUCAGUGCUCACCUCACUGGGUUUGGUUCUAAACACUCAGAUGUGGAAGAUGCCCUGGCUAUGAGACCAACGUUUACACUCUGACAAAACUUUGGCUUUUGGAACAGCUGAACCUGUAAGACUUUUUUUUUUUUUUUUUUGCUAAUUUAUCUCUAUAAAUGGAUAUUGGAUGAGCACAUUUGCAGCCAGUGUGUAAAUACUGUAUAUUGCAGAAAAUCAGUAUUAUUUUUAAGAGUUUUUUUGUGCUGUCAGACAACUGUUUACCUAUGUUGUGUUCUGGACAAUUGCUAGGUGCCUGCCAUGGAGUUCUGCCUUACCCACAUUCCCAGAGGUGACUUCUCAAGCAGCAUUCAUUCUCAUUAAAGGAGGAGUUCCAGUUUUGGAUGAAUAACAUCUGCUGACACUUGGAAAGGGUUUUGUUGGUUGGUUUUUUGUAUCAACAGUGUGAUGCUUUCUUUUGAAACAGAGAGGAGGAAAAAAGGUGUAAAGCUCCAGGUCUGAGUCUUGGUGAGCUCUUGGUCAUUUCCCAAGCUGGAAAAGCCCCAUGGAGGUGGACACAGGCACCAAGACGAGCAAGCUGGGGCAAGACUUGCAUUAGAAUUUUGUUUUGUUUUGUUCCUACUGGAAGCAUUGAUUUAAAGGUGAGGAAGAUAUUUAUUUCUGGGCAUGGUUCACCUCCACAGCUCCACAACCACAAUGCAUCUGACUGCAAUAAUGUACUCCUAAUUUAUGUCACUAACCAUCCUGGUCACAGGCCACCCAACCACACUCCCUCCUGUGUGUUGCUGUAAAGUACUUGUAUAUAGGGUUGAGAACUAAAGAUAUUUAUUAAGAGUUGAUUCCUUGAUAGUAUUUUAUGUACUAAAUAUUUACACUAAGGGCAGUUGACUAUUCCUUUUUGCCAAGAUAAAACAGAGAUGGAAUUAGGUACCUGUCCAUGCUAUGUCAUCUGGCUAGAACAGAAAUUUAAGCUAACUAAACUACUGUAGAGAAAUUGUUGAUCUCAUUCUAUUAAAAAGGAAAAAAGUCUCAUGCCAGUUUCAUAUUACAGGUAUCCUUAAUUUCUAAACAGGCUAUUCCAGUUUCAUGUGCAAUUUCUGCUUCCCUGUGGAAGUCCUCCUGAUGGCCCAUUCCAGGGGCCUCUGGAAGGCUGCAGUGUAGAUCAGGCCCCCAGGGAUGAAAUUCUUGAGCCACCUGUAGUGGAUUUGCAGAGUCACAGGGGCGAACCAAGGAUGGAAACUGUUGUCAGGAGAUGAUCAAGCAGGUAGGUUCCUCCUGCUGGGCUAGAGUGUGAGGUCACCCUCUGCAGGACAUGUCUGUCCUCCUGCUGGUGGCAUCUCCCCCUGAUGGACUGACUCAGCAUCUCUACAGAACUGCUGCUACCUUUCUGCAGGGCUUCUGAAGGGCCAAGAAAUGAGCAUCAGACAGGUGGUGCAGACAGUGCCUGAGCCUCAAACAGGGUGUGUGUGUUCCUUUGAAAUUCCCCAAAAGGCAAAUUCUCUUUUCUCUCUUUACCUUUCACAUAUACACAAUGUGGGUAUAGAUAAUCCUGGUACCUUUUUGGUUUCUUUUCUAGAAGCUGAUUCCUCCUCCUGUCAAGUGUACACUACUGAGACUGUUUGUUGUACUGGGAAGCAGGCAGCAAUAAAACCUUUACC